GUCAGUCAAGGCACAUCAGUCACACACUGAAAAGCUAAGAGUCCAGUCCAGCAUGGAUGUACAGGCAAGAGUUCUUCUCUACUGGCUUCACAUUAUUUGCACAGGCGUGUUUGCAGAUGUUUGGAAGGUACAAGUACCGUCUGAAAUGGAGGCUCUGGUCUCGUCUUGUGUCGUGUUGCCCUGUACAUUCACAUACCCGGCUCAGCAACAGCCCUCUGAUCGUAUUAGAGCUAUGUGGCACAUGCAGAAGAAAGGGGAGGAUAUCAUUUUUCAUAAAGACCAAACAAGGGUUCUAGACAAUUUCAAGGGUCGCACAAAACUGCUUGGUUCACUGGGUGGUUCCAACUGCACCUUGGAGAUUGAUGAAGUCAGAAACCAUGACAACGGCCCGUAUUGUUUUAGGGUUGAAUUAGAGACAUCUCAAAAAGACAAGUACUCCUUUGUGGAUAACUGUGUGUCAAUUAAGAUGAUCGAACAAGCAUCAAAACCAGAGCUGCAGGCUGAGCAGUCUGUGAAGGAGGGUGAACCUGCAGUCUUCAAAUGCUCUGUCCGGCACACCUGUCCAUCCCACCAGCCCACUCUCACCUGGAGCCACCCUGGAAAAACCAUCAUGAGCUACAAGGACAUUGGUCAUGGAAACUGGGAAGCAGAGUCUGUCCUGACCUUCACCCCAACAAAAGAGGAUAAUCACGGCUCUGUCACAUGCACAGUAACGUACCAUGGUAAUGCCAAGGGUGAAAUGACAGCGACUCACCCUAUCUUUGUGAAAGAACAAGCAACUCUCAACCACAUCAUCAUUCCAGCUGUCUCUGGUCUUGGAGCUGCUUUUUUGGUUGGAUUACUGUGUUUCUUCGUUCUCAAAAGAUACAAGCAACGCAUUGCAGAUCUCCAAUCCAGAAAUGAUAAUGGAAUGUGGGGUCGACUGUCAAGAAUGUCUCGCAGGUUUCGUUCAGGUGACAGCAGUGGUGGUUCAGGUGGCAGAGAGCAGAGGAGGUCUAUUUGGAGUAGAUUUUCAAGGAGAGGUCAAGGGCAUCAAAUUGACAGGAGUUUUGACAGCAAGGAAAACAAUGUAUGUACAGUGUCAGGAAACAAGCCUUUCUCCAAAGCUCGAAUGCCAUCACCAAAGAGCAAGGCCAAAUCCUAUUCUGCUGACAAUUACGAUGAUGAUUACACCAACACAGCAGACCUCAACUUAUAUGGAAAUAUCUGAUGAAAAUGACACAUUUUAGAUAAACACAGUAGGCCUGACAUAAAGGAAAUCUUCAGGCAAUCCUGUCACAUAUUGUAUAACUGAGUGUUGCAUUUUAAGCUUGGCCUAUAAUUCCUAAACAUGUAUACAGCAAAAUACUGUUUUUACUUAUAUUGUCAUGCCUACCAUUUCAAGUUCUAAAAAAAUAAUAAUAAUGUACAUAAUAGUUAUAGUGCUAACAUGCUUUUUGAAUAUGUGAGAAAGUGAAACAUUUAGUUGAACCUAAGCUGAACGUUAAAGGGGUCAUGAACUGAUAUAUCUAAUUUCCCUUGAUCUUUUGGCAUAUAUCAGGUCAUUGUGCUAUAAAAACAUCUUGUAAGUUUCAGUACUUAAAACUUUUUUGUUAGCUCAAAAAUAGCUUUUAUUGUAACCAAGCUGCUGAAAUCUCUCCUUCUGGGGAUGGGGGGCGAUGUGGUGCCCAAAGCAAAUAACGUGUUCUAACAAAUAACGCAAGCUACUACAGAAACAGCUACCACAUAAACAGAGUAAGGAGAGCUGAUGAGGACGAUGGUGAAUGAUUUGCAGGGGGAGGGGGGUUGGUGAUUGAGAUAUGACAUAAAAAUGUAUAUGACAUACCAAAAAAUUGUACAAUUCUCAAUUCCAAUUUCGAUAUCACAGCAAAACCUACUAGCAUAACAAAUAUAAAGUUCAAACAUUAUUUGUUUGUUUAAAAAUUAUUUAAUUGUUAUUAUUUUAUUACCAAACUAUGCUUUAGGGAAAAACAGCAGACGCACUGAAUGAAUGCAAAUUCAGUGUCUGCCAGCAGGUGGUGUGUAUGGAAUAAUGAUAGAGCGCUUCCCUGGUUACCACGCUUAUGAACUUUAAAUGCCAUUAUACAGCGGCUGCGUUCGUCUGCAGCGUCUGGUAAAGGAUGUUUAAAGAGUUCGUAAUAUUUCCACACACAUGACAUUUUGAAAAAUAAUUGCAUGCAGUUCGUGUGCAAGCCCAGCGUCGAGUGUCUUUCAGCUGGCCCCUGGCCAUCGGGCACUCCUUACUGUCGAGCCCUGUAUAUUAUGUAUAAUGUCACAACACAUAAAGGUGGCCGCACACUAGACGAUUUUAAGCCCAAAUUGCACCCCCUCCCCCCACCCCACCCCAAUGAUCAGGGGGUGUGGCCUGAUUCGAGGCUUGUCACAAAAGAUUUUUUGUCCAAAAUUUCUCUUUUGUGUGAUGUCAUUAUGAUUAUUUAACUGCUCCCGAACAAGGUAAAGCGUCCCAGAACUCAUGUUUGAUAUGUUUGGACAUGUUUAAUAUUUAGUACUCUUGAUCAGGCUGCCUCUGACGUGAUAGCCAAUGAGAGCGAGCAAGAGUCACUUACCAGAUGCUAUGUGUUUCUACACUGU